GACGGAGAUAGUAAUAGAAAUAUUGCCAGGAUACUGUGUAUUUGUGUAUUCUGUGAGUUGUAAACGCAGUUUGAUGUAAUUUAGAAAUUAGUACACUUAAAAAUGCAGAAUGUAGCACAAGGAUCCACGUCAGAUAACCAAAAACUUGAAAAAGUGAAUGUACAGCACGAUAUAGGGAAAUCGUCGACUCCCAUAUCUUCUAACUCGAGCCCAACGAAAUCUGAAACGGAGACGUAUUCAGAACUGCAGCCAAGAUUUAUGACUGAUUCGUCAGAAAGCGAGGAGGACGACGUUUCUGAGGUUGAAUCGUUUGUUAUCGAUCAAGCGGAGUUGGACGAAGAGACACGCUUGGAAACCUCAAAGUUCCUGUCUCCUGAAGAGACAAUAGAGCCAUCUGUGGACCCAGAAACUCAAGCACGGCUCGAAGCUCUUCUUGAAGCAGCGGGUAUUGGAAAAUUAUCUGCAGGAGAUGGGAAACAUCUAGCAGAUCCGGAGGUCUUGCGGCGCUUGACUUCUAGUGUAUCUUGUGCAUUGGACGAGGCAGCAGCUGCCCUAACACGUAUGAGGAGUGAAAACCCACGCCAGCAACCUGAAAGGUCACUAGUUGAGGCUUGUACUGACGGAGACGUUGGAACAGUACGCAAACUGCUGACAGAAGGGAGAAGUGUCCACGAGACGACGGAAGAGGGGGAGAGCUUGCUCUCAUUGGCGUGUUCGGCCGGUUACUACGAGCUAGCUCAGGUGUUACUGGCCAUGCAUGCCAAUGUAGAGGAUCGAGGGAUCAAGGGUGACUGCACACCCUUGAUGGAAGCUGCAUCAGCGGGUCAUGUAGAUAUAGUGAGAUUACUCAUUGCACACUCUGCUGAUGUGAAUGCCCAGUCAUCGUCAGGCAACACACCUUUAAUGUAUGCUUGUGCUGGAGGCCAUGAAGAAGUGGUAAGGACACUUCUUGAAAACUCUGCUAAUGUUGAAGAUCAUAAUGAAAAUGGCCAUACUCCCCUGAUGGAAGCAGCCAGUGCGGGUCAUGUUGGUGUUGCAAGGAUUCUGUUGGAACAUGGUGCGGGAAUCAAUACCCACUCCAAUGAGUUUAAGGAAUCUGCACUGACUCUUGCCUGCUAUAAGGGACAUCUAGACAUGGUGCGGUUUUUGCUGGAAGCUGGAGCUGAUCAGGAACAUAAAACUGAUGAGAUGCAUACAGCUCUCAUGGAAGCUUCUAUGGAUGGUCAUGUGGAAGUUGCCAGAUUACUCCUUGAUUCUGGGGCACAGGUAAACAUGCCCACAGACAGCUUUGAGUCGCCUUUGACUCUUGCAGCCUGUGGUGGUCAUGUAGAUUUAGCAAUGCUCCUAAUUGAAAGGGGUGCGAACAUUGAAGAAGUGAAUGAUGAGGGCUACACACCACUAAUGGAAGCUGCACGUGAGGGACAUGAAGAAAUGGUUGCACUCCUGCUUAGUCAAGGUGCCAAUAUCAAUGCACAGACUGAAGAGACUCAGGAAACAGCUCUAACUUUGGCCUGUUGUGGAGGGUUCACGGAAGUUGCAGACUUCCUUCUCAAAGCAGGUGCAGACAUUGAAUUGGGAGCCUCAACUCCACUAAUGGAAGCUGCGCAGGAAGGCCAUCUAGAACUGGUCAAGUUCCUUUUGGAAAACAAUGCUGAUGUGCAUGCUCAGACACAGACAGGAGAUACAGCUCUCACGUACGCCUGUGAGAAUGGCCAUACUGAUGUGGCAGAACUCUUGCUUCAGUAUGGAGCAGAUCUGGAGCAUGAAUCAGAAGGUGGUCGAACUCCACUUAUGAAGGCUUGUCGUGCUGGACACAUGUGCACAGUACAGUUCCUCAUUUCAAAACAUGCAGAUGUCAAUCGUCAGACUACAAAUAAUGACCAUACCCCUCUGUCAUUGGCCUGUGCAGGAGGACAUCUAGCAGUUGUGGAGCUGCUGUUAGCACAAUCAGCUGAUCCUUUUCAUAAAUUGAAGGACAACUCAACAAUGCUGAUUGAGGCAGCAAAAGGUGGUCACACAAAUGUGGUUCAGUUGUUGCUGGAUUAUCCUCAUUCCAUCAUGAUGAGUACCCCCCAUCCACACAGUGUGCCAACAUCAAGUGGAGCUGUUCAGGGCAGUGGUGUUGGUGUGGUUGGGACGAUAGCAGAUUCUGGUGGAGGGGUCAUCGAAGUGCCUCCACCUAAUAUACAUCCUGUGGCACCAACACCAUCAUCAGGGGCAGCAAAGAUUACUGCAAGCCAGGCUGGGCGACUCGUAGAACAUCUUGCGCAGCAAAAACACAAUACUCAAAAAUCAUUGUUGAGAAAAAGUCGUUCUUCUGCCAUGAUGAAUGACAGUAGUCUCACCUCAGCAGAAGUCCAGCAGGUACGGAAUCAGCCUCUUGGAGAUGGUUCCAGCAGCAGUGCUGGUGUUGGAGUUCUGUCAAAAGAUGAGCCUAAUAUUUUAGACAAAGGGAGUACACCUGCUCUAGUGGAUGUUGAGAAGGCUUGGAAGCAGCAUGCAGCUAGGGAGGAUCAGAUACUACAGAAACAACAAAUUCUGGAAGAACUUCAGAGGGUUGAAAGAGAAUUACAAGAAAAAGGUCCCAAUCAGCUGCUGUUGCCAGAUGGCAGCCUUGGGCUUACAAGUGCUUCUGUGAUACCCGUGGCUCAACCUCUUGGGCUGAACAUCGAUCUCAGUCCACAGCCAUUGGCAACUCAAGGUAUGGUUUGUGCAUCAGGUGUCUCAGGGACACUAUUCCAUCAGGGGCCGAAUAAUACCAUCUCUGUGCAUAAUGCGUUUUAUACGGGUGGCAGCCAGCCAUUAGCAGGUAGUUGCCAACAGCCACAACAAGCCCAGCAGCAACAGCAGCAGCAGAAGUCUUUGACUCUGGUAGCAACAGGUCGUGAUGGGGGCUUCAUAGCUACUUCUGGUCCUUAUCCUCCACCACCUCCUGCUGCACAACCUCAGUCACAGCCACCACCUCCACCGCAGCAACAACCUGCAUCAACUGUUCCUCAGCAGCAGCAGACAAUCUCUGCAAGCUCAGAUGUUGUUCAGUCCACAGCCAUAAGUGACCGGCCUAAAGCAAAACCUGUCUCAAAGAAGGAAGUGAAGAACCUCCGUAAGCAGCAGCAACAGGCAUACCAAGCAGCUAUGCAGCAUCACCAGCAGCAACAGCAGAUGAUGCAGCAGCAGCAGCAACAACAACAAAAACAGCAGCAGCAGCCUCCACCACCACCACCUCCACAGAUACAGCAGCAGCAGCAGCAGCUGCAGCAGCAGCAACUACUGCAGCAGCAGCAGCAGCAGCAGCAGCAGACACAACAACAGUUGCAGCAGCAGCAGCAGUUGCAGCAGCAGCAGCAGCAGCAAGUCCAACAUCAGCCACAGACAACCACCCAACAAAAACAUGUUCAUUUCCAUAAUAUGAACUUCAGUCAUCAACUUCAAACUACGGCUGAACAAGCACUGCAUGAGCAGCAGCAGCAGCAGCAGCAGCAGUCACAACAACAGCAGCAGCAGUCGCAGCAGCAGCAGCAGCAGCAGCAGCCGCAGCCGCCGCUAUCGCCACACUCCAUAUUGAAGAACAGUCUGCAACCAACCUCAUUGUUGGCACCUCAUGUAAUGGUGCAGUUGACACAGUUAGAUCCUGGCAUGGUGCCAACAACUCCCCAGCAACUAAACCAGGUGUUGCAACAAAAGCAUCAGCAACAGCUACGUACCUUACAACAACAGAUACUGCCACAACCCGGUAUGGAGCACACAGAUCUGUCUGGUCUGUUGUCGGACCAACAGCAGCAUUGCCCAAUAUUUGCUGCAGCUGCAGAAGAAGCACUUGCAAUAGUGGAUAAGGCCUCAAAGUCUGAUGAAUCUAGGCUUGAAAUUGAUGAUGAUGCUAUUAAUGAUGUCACCCAAACACUGCAGAACUUCAGCAUUGAUGCUGUUGACAUAGCUGCAGCAUUGGCUGCUGGUGCUGCAGCUAGUUCCAGUGAUCGUGAGGAUCUUAAACUUCCAGUGCCAAGUAGCCAGACUGCAGCUCAAGGACAACAGUAUUCAGCAACCCAGAUGGAUGAAGCCAUCUCAGUUAUGUCCCAAGGACCUGUACAAGUUGGAACUACGCAGACGGAUGUUGCAAGAGUUGAAUAUUACGUACCUUCCACUGCUGCCCAGAUACCAGGACUGCAGGUGCAGCAUGGGUCUGGGCUGCACCUGCAGUAUCAACAGUAUCAGCUCACAACUGGUCUUCACGUGGCAACAAGUGGUGUCCAGUCACUCGAAGUCACUGGUGGGAUCCAGAUCACAGGGUCAGCUGCAACUCCUCUGCAGACAACGCAAAUACUAAAUCCCAGAUUAGGUUCUGCCUUUCAGUCACAACUGCUGUUGCAGACACCACAACUAGCAUUUCCAGGACAAGCACUGCCUCCACCAGAAUCUGGGUCAGAAGUUUCUGUGAGUUCGGGCCAAUUGCAAACUCAAGCUCAACAACAGGCACAGGCAUCUCAGCAGCUACAACAGCAACAGCAGCAGCAGCACCACCAUCACCACCACCAUCACCAUCAACCACAAACGCAGCAGCAGCAACAGCAACAGCAGCAGCAAAUACCAUCACCCCAACAACAGCAGCAACCUCCACCACCACAGCAGCAACAGCAACACCAUUCACAGCCAUAUGUGUUGCAGCAGCAGUGCUCUGCAGUGCAGGUCCAAGUUGCAACACAGACGCAGGCUACAAAUGACAAAAAAGCAAGCGUUGCAUCAAUUUCUGUGCCUGUAUCCACAACUGCUCCUGCUACUGCCGUUGCUGCUGCUCCCCCUCAGACAACAACAGGGAAAGGCAAGAAGUUAAGAUAUCCCCUCACAUUACGCCAGCCACCAAAUCAGCAAGGAACUGCAGCUGCUCCAGCAUUUAGUUCGCAGAAUAUAAACUCCAGUCUAGAAUGGUUUGAGAAAGGUGAGGUUGUGGCGCAAGAGUGUAAUGGUGCAUGUGUUUCGGGAGUAGCUGCAGCUUCAACAGCUAUGGGGUCAAGAACAGCUUCUGGGGGCACACCUCAGUGCCCCCAAGCUCCUUUCUCCUGUAUGGACGUUGAUUCAGAGACUGAUAGUAACCAUGAUACAGCACUAACGCUAGCCUGUGCUGGUGGUCAUGAGGAACUCGUUGAACUGCUGCUUUCACGUGGAGCUGAUAUAGAACACAGAGAUAAGAAAGGAUUCACGCCAUUAAUUUUGGCAGCCACAGCAGGACAUGAAAAAGUAGUAGAAAUACUGUUAAAUCAUGGUGCAGAGAUAGAAGCCCAGUCGGAGAGAACUAAGGAUACACCACUCUCUCUUGCCUGUUCAGGAGGUCGUUACGAGGUCGUGGAAUUAUUAUUACAAAGAAAUGCUAAUAAAGAACACCGUAAUGUCUCAGACUAUACGCCACUAAGUUUGGCGGCAUCUGGUGGAUAUGUUAAUAUAAUUAAGCUCCUUUUGGCGCAUGGAGCAGAAAUAAACUCUCGCACAGGUAGCAAGCUAGGCAUAUCUCCUCUCAUGCUGGCUGCAAUGAAUGGCCAUACUGCUGCGGUAAAACUACUGCUUGACAUGGGAAGUGACAUCAAUGCUCAAAUUGAGACUAAUCGCAACACAGCCCUAACACUAGCAUGUUUCCAAGGACGACAUGAAGUGGUGAGUCUUUUGCUGGAUCGCAAGGCAAAUGUUGAGCAUCGAGCAAAGACAGGUUUAACACCAUUAAUGGAAGCUGCAAGUGGUGGCUAUGUCGAAGUUGGUCGUGUCCUACUGGACAAGGGUGCUGAUGUAAAUGCACCACCUGUGCCUUCGUCACGUGAUACAGCACUGACAAUCGCUGCCGACAAGGGUCAUUGUCGGUUUGUGGAGCUUCUACUUUCAAGAGGUGCUCAGGUUGAAGUGAAGAACAAGAAGGGCAACUCACCACUCUGGUUAGCAGCAAACGGUGGACACUUAAAUGUCGUUGAGCUGUUAUACAAUGCUGGUGCAGACAUUGAUUCUCAGGAUAACAGGAAAGUCUCUUGUCUGAUGGCAGCUUUCCGGAAAGGUCACAUGAAAGUUGUAAAAUGGAUGGUCAAUCAUGUAACUCAGUUCCCAAGUGAUCAAGAAAUGACUAGAUACAUUUCAACUGUCAGUGACAAGGAGCUGUUAGAAAAGUGCCAAGACUGUGUGAAGAUCAUUCGAGCAGCAAAAGACCAACAAGCAGCCAAAGCAAACAAAAAUGCCAGCAUCUUAUUGGAAGAACUCGACAUGGAAAAAACUAGAGAAGAAUCAAAGAAGGCAGCCGCAGCUCGAAGGCGAGAAAGGAAGAAGAAGAAGAAACUUGAGAAGAAAGAAGAAAAGCGGAAGCUUCAUGAAGAAAACAAGAAGAAUGAAAUACUGUAUCAAGAAAAUGAACAAACAACAAAAAAAGAUGACGAUGAGGAGGAGGAAACUGAGAGACCUGAAGAGAAUGAAGCAGAAGAUUUGGGUGCCCAAUGUUGUGAUGACAAUGUUGGUACAGAUAGUCCAGUACGCAAUGGUGAUGUACUAGACAAAGAAGAGGGAGACAGUGGUAUUGAUGCAAAUAGCCAAGGAAGUUGCAGCAGCAAUGAUGUUAAAUCAAAAGACAAACGAAAAGAUAAGAAGAAGAAGAAAGGCCCUAGUACAAGUACAUCGACAUCCCCAAGUGGGGGAAGUGGCAGUAGCAAUAAUAGCAGUGCAAAGCCUCCUGAAAAGGAGCCAGCACUACAUCCUCCCGGAUCAGCUCACUUGGAGGCAACCUCUUCUCGCCCAUCGGUUAGUAGUUCAACCAAGACUCGUGAACAGCCUAGCUUGUCAUCAGUUUCUGGCUCUGCAACUGACAAUAAAGAUCGUAAAGAAACCACAGCUCAAGAUUCCAAAUCUGCUACACGCAGUAGCCAGCAAGGUGAACGCAAAAUUAAAGGUCACCUAGUAUUUGAGGCUUCUAGGCCACAUCCUGCUGAGAGGGAGGAUUUUGAAGCAACUGGCAACGAAACAUAUGUGCCUGCUAGUAAAGGGAAGAAAAAUUCUUAUAUGAAUCAUUACUGUGAUGCUGAGUCAAGUCUGAGCAGCAACAAAAGUGGUAUGAGCACCACAAGUCCAAAACAGAGUGGCAAGCGGGAGGAAGGGUGGAAGGAAGUUGUCCGGAAGUCCAAGAAGGUUUCUGUGCCCUUGAAUGCUAUCAGUCGGGUCAUUGGCAGAGGUGGAAGCAACAUCAAUGCCAUCCGUGGUGCUACUGGAGCACACAUUGAAGUGGAGAAACAGAGCAAAGGCCAAGGCGAAAGGAUAAUUACAAUAAAAGGUUCUGCUGAAGCAACAAGACAGGCACAUACUCUCAUUGCUGCUUUGAUCAAGGAUCCUGAUGUGGAUAUAUUGCAAAUGCUUCCAAAGUCGGCAAAGCUGUCAGUUGUAUCCAUGUCUUCAUGGGACAAAUCAGCAAUGGCACCAAAGUCAAAAACUGCAUCUGCCAAGUCUGGUGGGUCUGUGACGCUGCAAGGAACAUCAAUUCUUGGAACAGGGCCGUCUUCAUUGCUCAGCAAGCCAGUACCUGCAGUUGUAGGUGCACCGGUACCACUGUUCACUUCUUUGCGGUCAGCAUCAGCUUCAAAAUUAAGUGGAUCAUUUCCUCCUCCAGUAACAAGAGGGACAGCUCCACGCCAUGUUGCAGCAGCAGAGAAACGUGCAGCUGCGGCUGCAGCUGCUGCUGCAGCUCAGAUGGCUGCAGCUUCAAAUACAAAAACUACAAUGUCAUAUACCUCAGCCAUCAUGACAUCAGGCCGCACAUCAAAAGCAGCUAGUAGCAGUACACCACCGACAUUUGCAGCAAAACUAACAGAGGCACCACCACUGCAGGUUCCUGGAGGACUUCCAAGUUCAACAAAGUUAUCUCGGGUGGUAUCUCAGCCUACUUCAUUACCAGCAGCAAGCCAAACUUCUAUAUUGUUGCAGCAGCAACAGCACCACCAUCACCACCAACAGCAGCAGCAGCAAGCUGCUUCUCCAAAGCAUCAUAGGCCUUCCACUCAGCAGUCAACAACAGCAACAUCGACGACGCUGACUACUACUACUGCCACUACUACUGCCACCACAACCACCAGCACCAGUACCACCACCACUACCACUGCCACCAACACGAACACCACAACUUCAGCUUCCAGCUCACAAGUACCUGGAGUUCCACAACCGGGUGGUUUUCAGAUCACACCUGGUAAGGCACCAUUUCCAUCAGCAACCACACCAGCAACCAGUGCUUCAGUGGCGGCACCUGCUGCUAGUCAGUCUCAGGUGACAGUGGCCUCAACAACAGUUACUGCACGUGUUGGUACACCACAGCCACAGCAAGCAGUGUCAGUACAACAGUCACCACCACAGCAGCAGCAGCAGCAGAUGUCACAACAGUGUCAACAGCAACAAAACUUGACACAGAGUGGUCAGCAGCAGACUUCACUAGCACCUCCACCGCCCCCACCUCCAGCGACUCCGCAGCAGUCACAGAUACAUCAGCAGCAGGUAAUUUCUCAGCCUCAGCAGCAGCAGCAGCAGCAGCAGCCCCACCACCACCAACAGCAGCAGCAGCAGCAGCAACAACAACAACAACAACAACAUCAGCAGCAGCACCAGCAACAUCAGCAGCAGCAACAGCAACAACAGCACCAACAGCAGCAGCAACAUCAGCAGCAGCACCAUCACCACCAACAGCAACACCACCACCAGCAACAGCAGCAUCACCAUGUACAACAGCAGCAGCAACAAUCAUUGCAACAACAGUCAUCUCAGCAGCAGCCGCAGCAGCAGCAGCAUCACCACCACCACCACCAUCACCACCACCACAACCAGCAACAGCAGCAGGCACAACACCAACACCACCAACAGCAACAACACCAGAUUGUGCAACAGCAGUUGACACAAGCACAGCACCAACAAGCUCAGCCGCCAUCUCCAGAAACACAGCAGGUUUCUGUUGCAGCCCCAAAUGCUGCUCCACUUGAAUACUCUUUGUUCAAUGACAACUUCACAAAGGUGGCCCAGCAGUCAAUGUGGGGAAGAGACAGUGAAGCAACAAAAACAAUUAUGAAUUUUGCAAGUGUUGCAGCAACUGGUGGUGCCCCAGGAUCAGGAUCUAGCAGCUCUAGCACGAAGUUCCUUGAAAAUGUCCCUCCUCAGGUUGAUGCUGCAAAGGCACCCGGCUAUCGCGGAAAUGCUGUAUGCUCCCCAGUUUCAUCAAAAACGAGCAGCAAUAGCACAACUCCACCAUCCCUCUCUGCUGCACCAGGACCACAGUACCAGAAUGCAGCCACCUUCUCAGCAGAGUCUAUAGGGCCAUGUCUUAACCAUCCAAAUAAGCCACCCCAACAACAGGCUUCACCAAGUGGAGCUGGGGAUGCAGUAUUUGGUGCUGCACGCAGUGGUUUCCCAACAGCUGAACUUGCCCAACCUCGUGUCCCUCCAUCUCAUGACCAUGGUCCUGGACCUGCUAUUUUUGCAACUCCAGAACAGCAAACACAGCUUUUGAAAAUGGUUCCACCUGGACCAGGACCUGUUUCAGAACCUCAGUUGCUAGCUCCAUUUCAUCCUCAUCACCACCACCACCAUCAGCAGCAGCACCAUCAUCAUCAUGCUCCCCCUGUGACAACUGUGAGUAUGUCAAGACUCAAUCCCCGAGCUCCUGAUUUCAGCCUUCACCUUCCACCUGGUAAGGCUCAGCAACAGCAGCCACAACAGGCACCACCACCAGGUGCAUUUGCUUCAGGAUAUCAUAAUAGAGCUCCACCACCUCCCUCAUCUGCUCCUGGGUUAGCUGCAGUUCUGCCUGGACUCUCUGGUGUUCCAUUUGCAGCACCUGGACCAGCAGGGAAACAGCCUCCUGGACCAUAUGGUGGCCAUGGUGCAGCUGGUGCUGGAGGAAACCCACGGUGGCAGUUGUAUGGGCAGCCAUACCAUGGACCAGGACCACAUCAUCCUGCAGAUGUUGUUGGGCAGCUUGGCUUUCCUUCUGGUGCAAUAGCUCAUUUGGCUAGUCUAGCAGCUGGGCUCCCUGGCUCGGCAGACUUGCUUGCUGGUCUUGAAAAUGGAAGUGGUGGAUCGCCACCACCAUCACCUGCUGGAGGUGCAGGUGAUGGAAGAUCGACAGAAGACCGCAAAAUCCGGCCAAUAGGCACUGAGCGUGCUAGCUGGAAGAACCUUGUCAAUAAUGUAGCUGGUGAUCCUGACUGGAUGCUAGGUGCAGCUGAGCCAAAGGUGUGGCCUGGACAUACCGUGGAUCGGGGUCAUCCACAACAGCAGCAGCAGCAACAACAGCAGCAGCAGCAGCAGCAGCAACAGCAACAAAUUUUCAGAACUAACCCAUCACAUUAUGGCCGUCUGCCUUCUGCUGAUGAUUUGCAGCAUAUGGUAGAAGCUCCUUUCCAGGCAGGACAUCCAGAGAACCAACACUCAUUCCAUAAUGGCAGUGGCACAGUAGCAGCCUUGUCGUUAAUGCAUCAUGGUCUUCCGCUGAUGCCACAAUUUGGAGUUGCAGGUGCAGGAGCAGGAGCUAGUGCAGAUAUGGAUGCUGUUAAAAUGGAAGCUCCCAGUUGGGGCUUGCAAGAUGUUCAGGAGAAGCCACAUCAAUGGCAUGCCAAAUGGAGUCAUUAAGGAAGAAAUUCAGCAUAAUGUUCAGACGUGAAGCUAGUUAAAGACGUAUAUCUUCUAAACAUGAACUUUUUUUAUUAAAAAGAUCCAUCUGUAGCUUAUAAAAAUGCUUUGGUCUUUUCACCUAGUGUUUGGGAUACAGACCUCUGGUAGCUUAUUAGAAACCCCAAUCAGGAAACUCGUGCAAUUGAAAAUUCAUUUGGUUUCUAGGUAUUUUACUUUGACCCAGUCCAUGUUUUGCUAAUGGCUUGCCAAAACAGGCCACAUUUAUAGUUGACAUGCAUUAAAGCAAGUUUGCUUGUACCCAGUCUAUGGGUUUAUGUUGCACUUGUCAACUCGUGGCUCAAUGAUGGAACUUGUCCCUCUCUUAAUAUAUGAUUGUUGUGGGUGCCGCUGUAAUAUUGUAGCUAUGAGGCGCGUCGGAAAUUAGCGGUUAAUGAAUUCGGUGUAUAUAACUAUUUUGUGAACCAAGAGAUACUGUAGCUCAUCUUUCAAAAAUAAGUUCUUUGCAUGUUUCGUCCUUUAUUUGAUAAUUGCUUUGUAGUUUAAGAAAUAAAAGAAUACAGAUUUAUCUGCAAUGAAUUUUUUUCCUCUCUCAUCCUAUAGUUCUGUGAUAAGCAAAGAACUGUUCUUCAUUUUUUAUUUAGUAAGGGAACUGUUGGUCUUCAGUUUUCUGCAGUUUACCUAUACUGUCAAUCUAGUUUCGACAACAUGAGAAAAGGAAUAGAGAGCAAAUAAUAUAAAUAUGGUAGUAUUGCUGCAUAUAGAUUUGGCUGCUCUUGAAGCCUGGGUUACGGAGUUUGUUCAAGUGUUCAUUUUAUGUAAUGAUGGAACAUUUGUGUUCUCCAAGCGUAUUUUGAUCGCAUUAUAAUAAAUAUAUACGUACGUACAUAUAUAUAAAUACAAGUGAGAACGCAGAAAUGUAUUGGAAAAUAUUCUUUACCAAUUAAUGAUACAAAAGGAAAGGAGUUGACUAACAUUUCUUCCCUUUGCGUUUUGUUAAUCUCGUUUUGAAGGUGUAUUGCACACCUGUUCAUCUAUGAUGAUCAUGGGGCUCAGCCCACUUAAUUAUGAUGUUGAGCUGUGAGGCAGACUGUGUCCUUCAAGGUAUUGCCUUAUUGCACAAGUAGCCCUUGAAGGGAUUGUUGCCACACUUCCACAGAUGUAGGGAUAUUCAGUAAGUGGAUUAUGUAUAAUUGCUUGUACAUGAAGACUUAAAUAUAUCUUUAUGCACUGUGA